UUUAUCUGAAUUUGUUAUGAAUUAUUUUUUAGUUUUAAUUAAAAACAUUUGGACUGUCUAUAUUUGACUGGACGAUUAACCUUGAAGUAGCCCAUUGUUUUAUCUAUCACUGUGACAAUUCAAAUUUAGUAAAGUAGGGAUCACCUGAAAAUAAGAUAAUAUUAUAUCUUGUCAAGUUGUUGGAAGUGAUGAGUAAAAUGUCUCGACUUGUAGAUUCUCUUAUUAUAAAGUAAAAAAUUUCGACUUGGCAACUUGAUACCUUCCUGGUAGCAAAUUCAUGUGAUGUCUCCCUUUUUUUUUUUUUUUUUUUUCAACCAACAAAUUCAUGUGAUGUCUAACCUAUAAUAUAUUAUUGAUACAGACUAGCAGCCACUAUAACCAAGAUUCUUCCGCCAUACAAAUUUUUUAAUGAUAGGUUUAUAAUUUUCAAGUAAAUGCUGCCACGUCCCUGUAUAGUGUAUACCCAAAAACGAAAAACGUAUAUUGUCAAUUAUUUUUUUCAGGGUGAAAAUGACUUGUUGAGAUGAAAAAUUCAAAUCAGAAGAAGGGAAAAAGUAAAUGAAAAGGAAAAGGUAAACAUGAAGGUUCCAUGUCUUGUCCGACGCCUACCUUUUCAUACCAUGUCCAUGUACUAUUAAUUUCAUACCUGACUGGACAUCCACGUGGGAUAAAUACGAAUUUUUCUAAUGAUUUCCCAUUUAUAAAUAUGAAAUCUUGCUUUGAAUCCACCAUAGUUCCUCCAUCAUCACCAUCCAUGGCUUCCACUGGUUCUCUGAAAAUGGUCUCUUCUCUCAGAAUCUCCCACCCCACUUCUUCUUCCUCUUCUCGUUCCAAAAACCAAGUGGGUUGUAAUCUAUUUCAGUCUUGCCCCAACCAAAGCUUGAAAUUCUCAACCAGCCAUCAAGUAUCUCCAUCCUUGAGAAGUUCAUACAACUCCAAAAUCUCAGCAUUUUUCUUCAACAAGCCCAAGGAGCAGCAGCAAGAUUCUUCAAAGCCGAGCGGCAAGAUUCAAGAACUCUGUGUGUAUGAGAUCAAUGAACGUGACAGAGGCAGCCCAGCAUACCUGAGGCUAAGUGGGAAGACAGAGAACUCCUUGGGAGACUUAGUGCCAUUCAGCAACAAGCUCUACUCUGGAGACUUGCAGAAGAGGAUAGGCAUUACAUCAGGUCUGUGUGUGCUCAUACAACAUGUUCCUGACAAGAAAGGAGACAGAUAUGAGGCCAUUUACAGCUUCUACUUUGGGGACUAUGGCCAUAUCUCAAUUCAAGGACCUUAUCUGACAUACCAAGACACAGUUCUGGCUGUGACAGGAGGGUCUGGAAUAUUUGAAGGAGUUCAGGGACAUGUGAAGCUUCACCAGAUUGUGUUCCCUUUCAAGCUUUUCUACACUUUCUCUUUGAAGGGCAUUGCUGACUUGCCUGAUGAGCUUACUGGCAAGGCUGUGAUUCCUUCCCCAACUGUUGAGCCUUCUCCAUCUGCUAAGGCCACCCUGCCCCAUGCUGCUAUCCCUAACUUUACCACCUGAUUUUAUUCUAGUUGACUGGGUCAAAUUCAAAUAUUGUCAGGUAUAAUUGUGGGUAGCUUUUCCAAAGAAAUUUUCUUGCAUUCACACGGACUUGAACUUGAGAAUUUUCACUUAAGGGAUCAUAGAUUAUUGUUAUUAUUAUUGUCUUUAUUAUUUCCUUUGAGCUUUGAGUCUAAUGAAAUGAUGGUCAUUCAUUCUA